UCUCCUGCAGUAAGGAUUUUGUUGCAUUGCUGUGAAAGAAUUGUGGGAUUAAAGCUGGAGGCGACGCGAUCUCAUUGGGCCGGGCUGGAGGCAGGCGAGUGAUUUUAAUACGUGGUGUGUAGCAGGCGAAUCGCGCAGUUUGCCUCAGACCUCGCACUGAGCCUUUCGAUACCACCACCUCACAGUACUGGAUUGGAGCUGUCAACGCAAGGGUAGUGACUCCUCGAUCACAACGUGUUCCUCAUGACCAUCGCCUGUGCAGCAAACCUGACAAGUCUCUUGACACCUCAGAAUAACUUGUAACUAUGACAACGGAAUCCGGCACGGAUUCUGAGUUAACGAAUGUUCAGCAGCCGUCUCCCCAGCAGGAGCAGCAACCUGCCAUACAGCAAGAGAUGGCAGACAAUAAAGAACAUCUGGCAGCCGAUUCCAACAGCAAGCAAGACCAGAAUGCUGAGAAAGAUAAAAAAACAGAAACCAUUCCAAAAGUUGUUGAAGAGCUGGACGUUGGAGAAACUGAUGAUGACAAAACUUCGGAAAGGACAACACCAGGCAGAACCCCCAAGUCACCAUUAAAAGGAUCCAAAAAGCCAAAGACCAUGCCGUGCAAGGUGACACUUCUGGAUGGCACAGAAUUUGAAUGUGAGGUGGAGAAGCGUGCCAAAGGCCAAAUGCUAUUUGAUCUAGUCUGUGAGCACCUCAACCUGCUGGAGAAGGAUUACUAUGGUCUGACUUUCUGUGACUCUGAAAGUCAGAAGAACUGGCUGGACCCUUCAAAAGAUAUAAAGAAACAAAUUCGAAGUGGCCCUUGGCAUCUUGCAUUCACAGUGAAGUUCUAUCCUCCAGACCCAACCCAGCUCUCUGAAGAUAUCACAAGGUAUUACCUUUGUCUGCAGCUGAGAGAUGAUAUUAUCUCUGGGCGAUUGCCUUGCUCUUUUGUUACACAUGCUCUGUUGGGUUCAUACACUGUUCAGGCAGAACUGGGAGAUUAUGAUCCUGAGGAGCAUGGACCUGACUAUGUCAGUGAGAUUCGCUUUGCACCAAAUCAGACAAAAGAACUCGAGGAAAGGGUGGCGGAGCUGCACAAGACCUACAGGGGCAUGACACCAGGAGAAGCAGAAAUGAACUUUCUGGAAAAUGCUAAGAAACUCUCUAUGUAUGGAGUGGACUUGCAUCAUGCCAAGGACUCUGAAGGGAUUGACAUCAUGCUUGGUGUUUGUGCAAAUGGACUUCUAAUUUACAGGGACCGGUUAAGAAUAAACCGUUUCGCUUGGCCCAAGAUUCUUAAGAUUUCGUACAAAAGGAGUAACUUCUACAUUAAAAUCAGACCCGGGGAAUACGAGCAGUUUGAAAGCACCAUUGGUUUCAAGCUCCCAAAUCACCGGGCUGCCAAGAGACUCUGGAAAGUCUGCAUAGAACACCACACCUUCUUCAGACUUGUGUCCCCUGAGCCACCUCCAAAGGGAUUCCUUGUAAUGGGUUCCAAGUUCCGGUACAGUGGUCGUACACAGGCUCAGACAAGGCAAGCCAGUGCUUUAAUUGAUCGUCCAGCACCCUAUUUUGAACGAUCUUCAAGCAAAAGAUAUACAAUGUCAAGGAGUCUAGAUGGAGAGUUUUUCCGUCCAGCUUCAGUUGGGGAGAACCAUGAUGCCCUUUUGAAGGAAUCGAUGAAGGAUGCAAGCGAAACUUCGAGAACAGAAACACCAGACACAACACAGUCAGACAGCAAGAAAUCCUCCCAGAAAUCAGAAAAAACAGAUGAAGUAACAACGCCAACAAAAAUAAAAGAAAUGAAGACGGAACGUGAAGAUGAGCCGAAACUUAGGCAAGAGUUCCUGGAUAAAUCAGAAGAUGUGCUAUUAAAGCAUCAGGCCAAUAUCAAUGAACUCAAACGGACUUUACAGGAGUCUACUAAUAUUAAGAUAAGUCACGGUGACCGGGAAAAGAAAUUAACAACUUCUCCAUCAAAACCUAAAGAGAAGGAGCAGGAGGAAUCGGAGAAGCUCAAAGAGUCUGCGAGGGCUGAAGAGGAGGUCAAGGAAGAGCCUACUUCUCAAGUGGGUGCCAUUGCCUUAUCUCUGGAAGCUUCAGCAAAGAAAAGUCUUGCAUCUUCCCCUGAGGGCUCUGAUGAAUGGGUUAUAAUAGAAAAACAAGCUUCUAGGCUAGAAGAACUAGUUGUAGUUGAAGUGAAAAGUGACAGAAAUGAAUCCAAAGAAGAAGAAGCAGUUGAGGCUAUAUCACUUGUUUGUGACAAAAAGCAAAUUGAUUUAGAACUAUCAUCUCCUGAAAUGGAGCUUAUAAAAGAAGCAAUUCACAAGGAUGAGCCAUGUGAAGACAAAUCUCCAGUGACUGAAGAAAUUUGUAUUCUAUCUGCUGAACAAAAAGAAGACUCUUCUGAAUCUAUUGGUUCAAUAGAAAAGACAAGGACAAUAACUACUCCAUUGCAUUGCACAGAGUUACCAAAGUCAGAUCAACAAGAAGAACCUGAAGUGGAAAAACACAAAGCUGAAUAUGAAGUUGCAUUUGAGAAAGUUUUAGAUGAAGAGUGCUUAAUUUCUGAACACAAACAUGUAGAUGAUACCUCAGUUUGCAGCUCAGAAUCGUUAGAACAAGUUUCAAUACAUACUAGAGAAAAGCUAUCUAAAUCCAAGGAAGAUUUAAAAUCCGACUCCCAACCAUGUAAAGGUGCACAGUCGACAUUGCCUGUGCAAAUGACUGGCAGAGAGGAAUCCAAAUCUGUUUCUCCGGAAAAUGGUAAAACCAGGUGUGAGGAACCUAAAGACUCCAAGGACAUUUCUCCACAAGAUGGUGAGAAAAAACCGGAUUCUCUAACAGCUGACCGAAAAGGCCCAGGCUUUCAAGGAGAAAGUCUACAAGAAGUGGAGGCAGAAUUGCAAGCAUUUGAUCAAGAGGAAGAAAUUGAGCCAACUUUCCAGAUAGAUUCUAACCACACAUUUACAUCAAUUCUCUCUGUAACUGAAAAAGACGAAUUGCAUUCCGAAAAAGGGAAGACAUCAGACACCAAGGUAGCUAUCCAAAAGGACUCCAUGUCCAUUUAUGAAGAGAAGCAUGACUCUAAAUCCAGUUAUUCAGUAGCUGUAAAGGAAUCAGAAAUAAUAACUGAAGUAGAGGGCAAAGCUGCUUCCCCAUUGGAUACCAUUGAAGCUCACAAGGCUGAAGGGGCUUGUGCCUUUGAAGAAGAUUCUGAAGUGUCUCAGCCCUGUUCAAUGCGAUGGGAUAAUAAUGAGUCAAGGACAUUCUCAGAAAAAGAGUCAGAAACAUGUGACUUAAAGCCUCAUUCUAUAGGGGAAGAGGAAAGAUCAAACUUGGAAGUACACAGAAAAGAUCCAAAACCAUGCACAAGAGAAGACGAUGGGAAAAAGAGAAAGCCAUGCACGCUGCAAGAGGAAGGAAAAGAGCCAAGGCCAGGUACACUGGAAGGCGAAGGAAAAGAGCCAAGUCCAUGCAUGCUGGAAGACGAAGGGCAAGAGGCAAGGCCAUGCACGCUGGAAGACGAAGGAAAAGAGGCAAGGCCAUGCACGCUGGAAGACGAAGGAAAAGAGCCAAGGCCAUGCACGCUGGAAGACGAAGGAAAAGAGCCAAGGCCAGGUACACUGGAAGGCGAAGGAAAAGAGCCAAGGCCAUGCACGCUGGAAGACGAAGGAAAAGAGCCAAGGCCAUGCACGCUGGAAGACGAAGGAAAAGAGCCAAGGCCAUGCAUGCUGGAAGACGAAGGACAAGAGCCAAGGCCAGGUACACUGGAAGACAAAGGACAAGAGCCAAGGCCAUGCACGCUGGAAGAUAGUGGAAAAGAGCCAAGGCCAGGUACACUGGAAGACGAAGGAAAAGAGCCAAGGCCAGGUACACUGGAGGACGAUGGACAAGAGCCAAGGCCAGGUACACUGGAGGACGAUGGACAAGAGCCAAGGCCAGGUACACUGGAGGACGAUGGACAAGAGCCAAGGCCAGGUACACUGGAGGACGAUGGACAAGAGACAAGGCCAGGUACACUGGAGGACGAUGGACAAGAGACAAGGCCAUGUACACUGAAAAAUGAAGGAAAAGAGUCAAAGCCAAGUACACUGGAGGAUGAUGGAAAUGAGAGAAGGCUAUGUUUACCUAAGGACAAUGGAAUAGGGACAAGGCCAUGUACACUGGAAGAUAAUGGUGAAAAGUUCAAUGAUAAUAAAAUGCUCAAGCAGCUUUCCCAGAGUGAUGCCAAUGAUUCUGUUCAAGUUGUGUCUCAAUCAAAUGACAGGGAUGAAUUGAAAGACUUUUUCCCAAGGACAGCGAGUGAUGAAUAUAAAAUAUGUUCUUCUGCGCAUGUAUCAUCUGUGUUGGACUGCUCAAAAUCCACAAACAUGACUGAAUAUAACAACUUAGCAUCCAAUGAACUGUUAUCAGAAGCGAGUCAAGAUCAGUUUCUUGUGAACAACAAAGUAGAUUCCAGAACAGAAUCUCAAAAGGAAUAUUCUGAGGGAAAAUUGUCUGAACUGGAUUCACCUGAUCUUGAGUUGUCAGACCAACAAGUGGUCCUUAGAGCUGAAUUUUCUCAUGUUGAAAGAUUGCAACCAUCAACAAUAACUUUGCUUCCAUCCAAAUCGAGAGAGGAAGAGCCCAAGUCUAAUCAAGUUACUGAACUUGAGUACGUAAGAAUUACAGAGUUGCCAAAAGUUGAUCCUCUGAAGCCAAUAUGCAAACCGGGAAGAGAGAGCAUUUUAUUUAUGCGCGACAGAGAAUUUCCAAAUCCAUCAGAGCAGCUGGCAGAAAUUUACUCUUCAGCCAAGCUUAAAGAGAGAGAUCCAGAUGUGUAUGAUAUGGGGUCGGCUACUCUGAAGGAUAAAAUAUCGUACUUUGAAUUGAAAUUGGGAGAAAAUAUUUACUUAAAAAAGCCAGUCAAAGUGUUGGAACAGGCUGCACAGAUUUCUGAAGUUGGAUCCCCGGAUUCAGGCUGUGAAGUGGAAUUGACAGAAGCAGUGACUAAACCUGCUGUUCAUGAAAGCACCUCAGAAGACAGAGAUGCAAAACCUGCAAGAGAAGCUUCAAAAUCUCCAGGGAAGACUUCAAUAAAAGAGGAAGCCUCAGAAGAUUCUGUUACUUCAGCGACUAUAUCCCAGGAGCUGUUCUCUUCACAUGAAAUUAGUGAUGAAGAAUCUGCCAAAUCCAAGAGCACUGAAGCAAAGCAGGAUUUGCAAAGGAGGUCCUUGCUGGCCAGACAAGAAUCUGAAGAAGCCAUGGAGCAGAUGCAAGAGCUUGUGACCCAGACAGUGGUGGUUGAACACAAACAUUCCAACAUCAUUACAAACUCCUCAGGACCUGCUGAAGUCGAGAAAGAAUUCUUAGCAUCUGAAGGAAUUGAUGGAGUAUUGGAGGGGAAGAAGCUAUCAACACAAACUAAGGUGAUUAAACAAGAAGAAAAUGACAGUGCUGUGUCUGAAGCCAGUACUCCGAGUACCAAAAGUACUGAAAAGCAGCUCACUCAAGAGGACGGAGUUGAUCAGCACAAAAGCAAUGACCAGGAGCCUGAAGGCACCCAAGAGAAACCUCAACAUGAGGAUGUUACGAAAACAAAAACUGGGCUGUCGAGUGAGGUACCUACUGUAAAAAUGGAAACCACCUCCAAAGAAACAUUUUUACCAUUGGAAAUCAAAAUACCCACCAAAACCACACAGAUUGCCAACAGUCCAGAUCCGGGGAAUGAAGUUGUAACAAGCUCUCAAACAAUUGUUUCAGAAACUCCGUCUGCAUCAGCUGUUGACAAUAAUAGUGGAGCUGUAUCUGUAACAAGCUCUCAGUCUGUUACUUCAGAAACUAUAUCUACAUCAACCACUACUCAUAUCACCAAGUCAGUGAAAGGGGGAUUCUCUGAAACCAGGAUUGAGAAGAGAAUCAUCAUCACAGGAGAUGCUGACGUUGAUCAAGAUCAGGCUCUGGCCCUUGCAAUUAAGGAGGUGAAACAGCAGCACCCUGACAUGCUUGUGACAAAGGCAGUUGUUUAUAAAGAAUCAGAGUCUGAAACUGAGCAGAACGCAAAGGAAUCAAAGGAGUAAUAACGUGGAAGUACAACUCCACAAAUCACGUCGGAGAAACAUGGAAUCACACUGUUGCUCUCAUCAACACAGAAUUUUGCUGCCUUGUAAUUUCACACAGAAGAAAUGGAUAAGAAUAUCAUUAUUAAUAUAAAAAAAUAUACUCCUGCUGUGCAAAAAGAAAUUUCAGUUCCAAUCACCGCCAAGAAAGUAAAACAUUUGCAAUUCCAGAAAACGCAUGUUGAAGGGAAAGUACGCCAAAACUAGAACUUCUAACCAUCAUUCUACAAUAUGAGCUUUUCCAGCAAGCAGAACCCCACCCCACAGGGGAGCAUCUUUCAUGGAGAUGGAAGCAAGAUAUUGCAACUAAUGUUUAAUAACACAUGCUUAUGCUAUGGGUGUCAAUUAAAUUUCUUCCUUUUUGAUCUGUUAAUAAAGGUCAGCACCUAUCAUACAAAAUAUCCUAUGGAAAUGAAUGGCACAUAUUGGUUCCCAAUUUGGAUGUGCAUUAAUUUAUAUUGAAGUAUGCUUAUCUGGUAAUAUAAAGAUUGGAUGUAAUCCUCAUCUGAGGUUUGUAAUAUUCAAAUGGUUACCUGGUGUUGGUUUUUAAACUGACGCUCGGUUUGACAGCUGUUCGUGUUUUUUUUUUGUAAAAUAAAAGAAAUCUUAAUUAUUUGAAAGUGAAUAAUUUUAGGCAAAUGAGUUUUCACAGAUGUCUUAAUCAAAUGAUAGUGGAUAGAAAUUUGUUAGCACACAACUAGCUGUUCCAGGUGAUGUGUAUAGGAAGGUGAUCAAAAUAGUGGUUCAGUAAAAAUACUUAGCAAUGGUUCACAAAGGACAGAAUGUUUUGUUCCAAAAUUGAUUUCCUCUCCAUUCCAUUGCACUGCAAGCAUACUGGGAUUUUUUUCCCCCUUGGUUUGUUCUGAAUUCUUUAGAACAGUUACAGUAAAGUCACAUUUGUUCAUAAUGCCUGCAAAGGACUAUUCAGCAUUGCUGAGUAUACAGAUACAUUGCUUUACAUAGCAUGACAUGAGACAUCAUUUAUACAUAACUCAUCAUUAGUAUUAAGGCACUUUGAUUACUGCAUAUCAGAUUACUGUACAUGCAGUUGCAUAUGAUGUCAAAUGCCUUGUGCAUGCUUAGAUGAUGCAAUGAACAGCUGAGAGAAGCAAAAUAUUUGCACAAUUGGCAUUUAAUCAAUUGUCAUUCAUUUGUUUACCAUUGCUAAAUAUAUUUUUGAUAGGAUUGUUUUAGUGAUUUAUCCAAUAUUUUAAAAUGACCAUGAGUGAUGAAGUAUUUGAAAAUCUUUCCAUUUGUAUCAAGAACUGACAUGAAUUUGUGUGCAUGAGUGCAAUGACGCACUUUAAUACAGAUAUGAAAUGCGCCAUCAUUGCUUUUAUCCCCUUCUACAGCUCUAUGAUAUGUAUUCAUUGUAUCCUUUUACUUCAAAGUGAAAUAAAUGUGCCAGAUAUAUCUCCUGUGCCCUUUGUUUAUAUAUUCAAAAGGAUGCGAAUUAUUCAGUAGCUUUGCUGCAGUGCAGGCGCUAAUGCUGUUGAUGAACAUUUGGAAGGAUAUUGAACUAUUUUUCGCUGGAAAUUCCCUUCUCGGCUACCUUAGUCAAAGUGUUUAAAAUGAACAAUGUCUACAGUAAGAUCAUGGAAAAAGGGAAUUCAAACACAUUACACCUUAGAGAUCCACACCCCAGUUUGGAACAGGUUAACUCAGUAUAUAGUGGAAACAACAUAUUAUACUCUGUUCGCAAGUAAAAUAUGCUACGAUAGAAAGCUCUUAAUACCAUCAACCCAGGAUGAAUUUCUAUGGGUAUUUGUUCAUGCAGUGGGAUCCAACUGUGUAUUUUUAUGGCCUGGGUGAUUAAAAUUUGUCAGCUCUAUGGUUUUUUUAGGCUAAUUCCGAGUUAAAUAUGAGAAGUAUUGAAGAGUACACUUUUGAAACAGAGUGAAAUGCAUUUUAUAAUUUGCACGUUCAAGAAUUAACGUCAGAAGUGGAUAUGUAAUGUCUGAUUUUUCAAGUCACGAUGGCAGUUGACUCAGGAUAAUUUAUCACUUCCCUGCUUCAAUUGCAUAUCUCUGUGUAUUCGGUGUAUGCCCAGUUAUGGGCAAUGUUGUGAAAGGGUGCAAAAAAGAUUUACAAAGAUGUUACUGAGACUGGAAGGUUUGAGUUGUAAGGAGAGGCUCGGACUUUUUUCCCUAGAGCUAAAGGAGGCUGAGGGGUGAUCUUUAUAGUGCUUUAUAACACCCAUGAGGGUCAUAGAUAAGGUGAAUAGCCACAGUCUUUUCCUCAGGGUAGGGGAGUCCACAACUUGAGGGCAUAGACUUAAAGUGAGAGGGAAAGAUUUAAAAGAGACCUGAGGGGCAACUUUUUCUACACAGAAGGUGGUUCAUAUAUGGAACGAGGGGUCAGAGGAAGUGGUAGAGGCAGGUACGAUUAUGACAUUUAAGAGUCAUUUGGAUAGGAACACAGAUAGGAAGGGUUUAGAGGGAUAUGAGCCAAAAGCAGGCAAAUGGGACUUGUUCAGUUCGGCAACUUGGUCGGCAUGAACCAGUUGUGCCAAAGGGUCUGUUGUCCAUGCUGUAUAGAUCUAUGAUUCGAGCUCUGUGAUUUUUAGCAUGGCCUAUAUCAUUAACUGUAUUAAAUUUAUUUGUUUUAAAGUAAAGAAGGUGAUACUUUAAACUGCAAUUGGGUGGGAAGGGCUCGAGUCAGGCAGCAGGGCCUCGGCAAAUGAAGGCACAGAAAUAUUUUAAAUGGAGAGAAGCAGCAGCAUAUUGGUGGGUGGAAGUAGAAUAUUGGGAGGUAAGAAUUCUCUGCUGAGGUCCGAGGAACACUCUGUUACUCCACUAUUGUUUUGGGAUAGGGUGGGGUCUGAGAGGAGACUCGGCUAGAAGAGGAGAGCGCUUAACAAUUCUUCUGGGAAAGGGAGGCUUACUUCUGCUGCUCCUGGCCCACAAGUAAAGUCAAAAAAUAAGAAGUACUUGUACUUUUUGUGGCUUCUCUGGCCCUAACUCCUUUCUUGGUUGAUCUGGAAAGAAUAUGCAGGUUUCUGGUUAAGAUAGCAAUUGACCAAUUAAUAGAGGGAAUUGAGGGAUAUAGACCACUGCAGGCAGAUAUGCAGUUUAAAUUGGCAUUGUGGUUGGCACAGGCAUUGUGGGCAGAAGAGCCUUCUCCUGUGCUGUGCUGUUCUAUGUUUGAUAUAGCACGUGGGUCUGAUGACUAUAUUAGAACCAGAUCUGCUUAUUUAAAGGGGACCCCUCCAGUUUUCAGUGGGAGCCUUGAUCAGCUGCUCAGGAAAGUCUGAAAUGCAAAACUGGGAAGAGACACUGGCAUUAGUGACCAAGUCUCAGGAGAUUUUUAAAUGUUUCUACAAGGUGAUCACCCCUAUUCUCUGCAUCACUUGCUUUUCAAAAUAAUAUUUUUAAUCCAUAUUUAUAUGUUGACUGCUAGUAAUCAAAGGUGAAAACUUAGACGAGCUGUUCUAUUUAGAAAACAAAACAUUCUGUUUUGAGAAGUAUUUUGAGGAGUGUAUAGGAAAGGAACUCCCUGCUUAGAUGCAUUAUUAAAUCAAGAAAAUAUUGAAUAGUCGUGGAUGUGAGAUCAUUGGAAAAACUGAUUUUGUGUUCUAUAUUCCAUAAGCGAUGCUUAAUUUAUGGAUCUUCAGCAAAAUAUGGAUUUUGGACAGAAUCAUUGCAAAAUGAGCCAAAGCUCAUCAAUUAUCUGUUCUGUUUCACAUACUCAUUCUUUAUCUAUAAAUUAUCGUAUGUUCAAAUUAUUUAGUAAAUAUUUUCCUCUGUAAAAUGUUUAAA